AUGCGUGUCAGUGAUGUGACCGAACGUCAUCUUGCCUACUUCAACAUGCUUGAGCGAAUUGCAUCUUCUUUCUCUCUCGUUGGAAUCUGCUUCAUUCUAGUCACGUACUGCACGUCAACGGCCUUCCACAAGCCCAUCAACAGACUUGUCGUCUUCGCCUCCAUCGGGAAUACCUUCACCAAUAUCGCAACCUUGAUUUCGAGAGAGGCGUUAGUCCAUAGCGAUGGUCAUCUGUGCCAGUUACAGGGAUUCCUGAUUCAAAUGUUCAUGCCAGCUGAUGCAUACUGGACGUUCGCGAUGGCAUGCAAUGUCUAUCUCACCUUCUACCACCACUUCGGUGCCUACCAGCUUCGCCGAUUGGAAAAGUGGUACUUCCUCUUCUGCUAUGGCAUUCCUCUGAUCCCAGCUGCUGUUUACCUUGUAGUCCGCACUGAAGAAAAUGGCCGCAUGUACGGCAAUGCCACGCUUUGGUGUUGGGUUGCCACUAAGUGGGACAAAUUUCGUAUUGCUCUGUUCUAUGCACCAGUCUGGGCGGUCAUCAUUUUAACGAUAUGCAUAUAUCUCCGUGCUGGGAGGGACAUCUGGAUCAAGAGACAAGAACUGCGCAACUUCCCCACCACCGAUCCCCCACAACAAACUCAGCCAUCACCUCUUAUCCCGGAUGAUCACCCUACUUUCACCGGAAAGGGUAUCCGGCAAAUCACCCAGAUCUCUGUCAAUUAUGAGAAUGCUAGCCCUACCGACGACCCUGUUUCUCACCUCAACCAGCCUACCACCGAAAUGCGAUAUCCGGUAAUAAAAGCCGAGAACACAGUCACUGUUGGUGUUUCCGGUGCAAAUCGGAGCAGUCCCAAUCCCAGCCGCUGGUCUUCCAUCGAAAAGCACGAUGAUAGUAUUAUCUCAGCGACCUCGACCGUUCCCAUUUCGGUUCCACAACCUGCAAAUGCACCAUCACGAAAUCAUACCUCGAAUGAAUCCAACACCGCGAUCUGGUCCUACACUAAGGUUUCCAUGCUUUUCUUUAUCGCCAUGAUGGUCACCUGGAUCCCCUCAUCUGCCAACCGUGUCUACUCAACCAUCCACCCCAACGAAAUUUCACUCCCGCUCGAAUAUGCCUCUGCGCUCGUCCUCCCACUACAAGGCUUCUGGAACUGCAUCAUCUACGCGACGACUAGUUUACAGCCUUGCAGGGAGUUCUGGGCUGCUUUCUGCGGCUGCCGCUGCUUUGGCACCAGCAAUGUCGCUCGCUUUGUAGUCGACAAUGAUCGCGAACACCACGGCGCCGAAAGGCGUAAAUCGAGCCGUCGUUCCAUCAGCAAGUCUUUACUAAUUGAUACCUACGAGACGGAACUCCAGGCUCGAAAAAAUGAUUCAAACUCUUUCUGA